UUCUUGCUUAUUGCUCGAGCGAUCUCUUAGCAAAAUGUAUCGGGAACUAUCACUUCUUCUAAGUCUCUCGACUCUGGCGCUGGGAUCGUUUUUGGACGGUGACUUCGAACUUGCGGACGGUGUGAAGUUAGUUAGUAUACCAGUGUCAAAUAGUUUGGAGGAUGAGGGGCGGUCGUUUGGCAAGGACUCUGCGCUGUUCCGUAUGGCGAGGUUUCUCCAAGGUCACGAACUUCACGUCAAACUGCCAAACUUGAUUGAGAAGGAUAAGAUCAAUCAGGUUUUCACUGAGUCUUUGAAGGCUGUCGACGAGACUUACAAGGAUAAUGCGGAAACCGGCCGAGGCAAGGGUGGUGGCGGCUCCUUGGCUCUCCUGGGGCUGAUGUUUGCGAAGACCAUCGGCGCGGCCGGUAUCGGUGGACUUGGUCUUCUUACCAUGAAGGCCCUCGCUUUAUCAGCCUUAGCUCUAAUGCUGUCAGCAAUCGUCGGAGUCAAGAAACUAGCGUCACAUGACGACCACGAUGAUCAUCAAGUCAUCUACGCUGGUCGCCACGGCCACCACAGAAGGAGAAGAGACUUGGACACUCCUCUACCGUACAAGGGAUGGAAGGAAUAUCAGAAAAACAUGUAAAAUUAUUAGCCAGUUUAAGUAGACCAAUCGCGUUGAAUACUGAUUUGAAUAGGCAGUGCCUGACAUGGUUGGUUUUUUGCCUAUAUGCAACAUUCUCGAUACAUUUUUAAUUUCCUUUUCUUCUUUAUCUUACUGUUUAUUUCGAUUUAAAAAUGCUGAGGAUAAAUACAAGAGUCGAUCUUGGUUUUUACCUACCUACAUUUUCAACUUCUAUAAUCCUACAUCUAGCCU